AUCUUGAUGAACCGGCCAUCGCCAGCGCGGCAACGAUUCACCCCAUUGCCCGACCGAACGGGCCCGACUCAGCGAUUGACUUGCUAAAGUCAAUCGCCCUUCAAUGGCGCCAACAUGAGACCCUUACUGCCGAAUUGGGGGUCGGCCGCGCGCAGUGCCAGUUUCUCGGUUUCCUCGACCACCUCCCGGCCCCGUCCCAGCCAGCGACAUUUCCACCCGACCCCGGCCGCUUGGAUCCCGCGCCGUCGGAACUUCUUCACCUCCAACGUCUUUCUGCAGCAAGAUGGAAGCGAACCGGCCACACGCUCCGUGGCCCCCCGGAUCGCAGACGACACCAUCACGGCGAGCCAGGCCUCCCAGAAGAGGCGCAAGCUUCCGUUGAAGAACUCGCUGCACCGGGUUGCUAUCGUUGCCCAGAAGGGCGUGCCGGCAAAGCAGCCUCCGCCCGCCACCGACACAAAAAAAUCCGGGGCCGAGGGAAGCUCCACCAUCAGCGCGGUAUGCGUAGCCGAGUCCUUCGACAUGGACAAAGUCGAGGACAUCCUCAAGAACCACGGCUUCUCGCUCGACCCGGACGGUAGCGGCUUCGAUGCCCACGAGGUCGUGCACGCGCGGGGUUUCAACACGGGCGACAUCUUCGUCUUCCCCUCCGGUACCGUCGUGACCUGGGGCCUCCCGCCAGACGUGGUCACCACCCUGGCAACCAAGCAUCUCCUCCCCGCCGCCGAGAUGCCGUUCGUUGAGGACAGGGAAGAGGAGGACCUCGAGUUCGUCAUCGACCCGGAGCAGGAGCAGAGCCGGGUGAGCGGCGACGUGGUCGUGCUGGGAACCCGUCGCGAGGUCGAAGCCGGCGACCGACUCGAAACGACCCUCGCCAAGAUCGCCUUCUCCUCCGGCCUCGCCCGCAGCACCAAGCUCGCCGUGCUCGAGAGCUCGCUGACCCGCUACCUCGAGAGCACCCGCCACAUCCCCGAGCGGCUCUCGCAAGGCCUCGACGCGCCCCUCUCGCGGGGCAUGAUCCUCCAGAAAGCCGGCGAGCUGCUCAACCUCCGCAGCCAGCUGAACCACUACAACGACCUGACCGACGCGCUCCCAGACAUCUUCUGGGACACCGAAGAGAAGCUGGAGACGUACUACGCCAAGAUCGGCAAGGCGCUUGACGUGGGCGUGCGCAUCAAGACGCUCAACGACAAGAUGACGUACGCCCAGGAGGUCGUCGGCGUCGCCCAGGGCGUGCUCGACAUCAGCGAGAAGAUGUCGAGUGAGGCCCACAGCACCCGUCUCGAGUGGAUCAUCAUCAUCCUCAUCGCCAUCGAGGUCGUCUUUGAGCUGCGCCGCCUGUACAUGGAGCGCUACGACGUCUUCCACGACGAGCUGCUGGCUGAACUGAGGGCUCUCAGGGCGGAUUUGCAAAAGCAGGAGACAACAACCGAGCAGAGGACACAGGCCGACUCGAACUGAAAAAAUAUCUCGGCAUGGCUGGCCGAAAGCCAUGUGAAUAUGAUGAUACCCAACUCAGAUUUUACUUGCUCUGCCAGAAUUACU